AUGGCUCCCAAACCUCCCUCAUCAGCGUCCUCCAGGGCGUGGGACUCUCUCAAUCCUCCGCUGUCACAAUGGGUCCUGGAUGCUGUUGCGACCAUGGGCUUUACCCGCAUGACUCCGGUCCAGGCUUCGGCCAUUCCUCUCUUCAUGGGCCACAAAGAUGUCGUGGUCGAAGCCGUCACUGGGAGUGGGAAGACCCUGGCAUUUUUGAUCCCUGUUGUUGAGAAGCUGCUACGGUUGGAAGAGCCGAUCAAAAAGCACCAUGUUGGAGCGAUUAUUGUGUCCCCGACCAGGGAGCUUGCAACGCAGACCUACAAUGUCUUGCUAUCCUUGCUAGCCUUCCACCCUCCAUCCGCCGCAGCGAUUAAUCCGCCAGACAGUAACGACGAGCAAUCUACGGCGCCCCAGAAAUUUCCGUCGUCUACGCUGAAAGUAGUUCCACAGCUUCUCCUAGGCGGCGCGAAUUCACCAGCAGAUGAUCUGAGUACAUUCCUCAAACGAUCUCCAAACGUCCUCGUCGCCACGCCGGGGAGACUCUUAGAAUUGCUCUCCUCACCUCAUGUCCACUGUCCUCAGUCGUCAUUCGAGAUGUUAGUGUUGGACGAAGCUGAUCGACUCUUGGAUAUGGGUUUCAAGGACGACCUUCAGAAAAUACUUGCGCGACUACCGAAGCAGAGGAGAUCAGGCUUGUUCAGUGCCAGCGUGAGUGAAGCGGUCGAUCAAAUCAUAAGGGUCGGAUUGCGGAAUCCGGUUAAGGUUGCAGUCAAAGUACGAGGAGCAUCAGGCGUGGAGGAGAAACGUACUCCUGCGAGUUUGCAGAUGACCUAUCUCGUCACUCCCCCUACCCACAAACUCCCCGCCGUGAAAAGGCUACUCUUCACCGUCGAACCCACGCCACAGAAGACCAUCGUCUACUUUUCAACGUGUGCUGCAGUAGAUUAUUUUCAGCACAUCGUCCCGUUGCUGCUGCAGGACCAGUUUUCCGUCAUACCCCUUCAUGGAAAGCAUGCUCCGAACGUUCGACAGAAGAACUUUGCUCGCUUUACGAACUCCACCACUCCUUCUGUCCUUUUGACCACGGACGUCGCGGCACGGGGACUGGAUAUCCCGUCCGUUGAUCUUGUAAUACAAGUGGAUCCUCCGUCGGAUCCAAAAGCUUUCAUCCACCGCUGCGGCCGUGCUGGGAGAGCUGGUCGGAGAGGUUUGAGUGUGGUCUUACUCCAUCCUGGUCGUGAAGAAGGCUACGUACCUUUCCUUGAAGUCCGCCAAACACCGGUUACACCUUAUGAGGGUCAAGGAUUCUCCGUCUCUGACGCAGACGCGUCUGAAGCGACAGAGAUCGCUCGAAAAGCGGUCCGCGCAGACCGUGCUCUGCACGAUAAGGGCCAAAAGGCCUUUGUCAGCUGGGUUCAAAGCUACAACAAGCAUCAAGCAAGCAGUAUCUUUCGCAUCGCGGACUUGGACUGGGAAGCACUAGGCCACGCUUGGGGCCUCCUCAAAUUGCCACGAAUGCCUGAGCUGAAGAAUUUCAAGGGUGACCCAACUCUAGGCGUUACGGUGGACUGGGACAAUUAUGCAUACAAAGACAAACAGAGGGAGAAGCGUCGCCGCGAGGCUCUCAAAGAAAGCGCUGAAGCCGAGGCUAAUGGAACCCAACAGACAUCCAAGAAGAGAGCAGCGAGCGAGAAUAUUCCAUGGAGCCAGACGAUAGAAAAGAAAGCCAAACGAGAGAAGCGACGAGAAAAGAAGAAGGCCCGCAAGGAACGAGAAAAGUGGGCGAAGAUGACGGAAGAAGAAAGGCAAAAGGCCCGUGAGACCGAGAUGAUGCUAGAGAAGGUCAGAGAGCAAACACAACAGCAGAAAUCCGCCAAGAAACGAAAGACGGAGAGCGAGGAUAGCUCUGAAAGCGAAGAAGAAUUUCACGGCUUCGACUAG